CUUAGUGGAAUUGUUGAAACCAUAAACGACUCUCCAAAAGCAACUGUAAAAGGGGGGGAAAAUUAACCCUUCCUGUAGCAGCAGGCAGCAGGAUUCUGAAAUUCGAUUUCAUAGAAAAUAGAAAAUUAUACGAAGAGGCCUUCACAUCGCCCUCUGGUUUUCCUUCCAUCGGACACCCAAAAACCACUCUUUCACAUUACCCUGUUCUCCUUUCUCGGAUGCGCCUUGUUUGGAUUCUCUGAUAUCGGCUUUCUCGCUCUCAAAUUAGCAGGCCAAAAUGAACUCUAACUAUGGGAAAGGUUCAUCUGGGUCCUUAAACAACUUCAAUUUUGAUUUCGGGAUAGGCUCCAACCGAUCCAAAUCCCUUAACGAGCAAAAGAACCAAACUUCCUCUUCAUAUUUCUCAUAUGCAUCUUCAACAACUACACAAGCAAAGCCUGCGUGGCAACCCAACAAACCCUCCUGGACUCACCAACCCUCACCGAGUCAACCUACUCGGCCUGGACUCAACGGACCCACUUCGAUGGUGGGCGAUAUAUUUGGGAAGAGCUGGAAUUCAACAGCUUCAGGUUCUGGGAUUGGGAUCGCGGAGAAGAACCCAAAUUUGUUUGGGGAUCUGGUUAGCUCUGCUUUGGGGCAAGGAAAUGAGGGUAAUAUCAAUGUUCCUUUGAAAAAUGCUACACCCACAUCGAAGAAUAGUGCAUUUUCGAUGGGAAAUCUGGCUGAUUCAUUGCCCAAAUCGAGUGAUUCAGUGAAAAGUGGUAAUGAUAGGGGAUCUAAUAAUUUUGGGAGUUAUUCUGGUGGAUACAAUAUAAACAGCAGUAAUGUUAAUGCUACUGGUAUUGGUAAUGGCAAUGUUAGUAGUAAUAAAAGUCCAAAUCUUGGCGGUCCUUCAAUGAAAAGUAUGAGUGGAAUUGGACUUGGGGGUGGAGGUGGAGUUGUAGUGGGUGGAAACAGGGAUCCAUUUGGUUCUUUGGUUGAUUUUGGAUCAAAACAACAAUAUGGUGGUCUUAAUUCGGAAAGUAAAACUGUUAAGACUAGUGCAAGAGAUGAUGCAUUUGGAGAUUUUCAAAAUGCUGCAAAACCAAGCACAACAGCUUUUCCAUCAGGUGGUUUUGGUGCAAAGAACAAUGAUUUCAUGGGAUCAAAUAUCUGUUCCAAUUCAAAUGUUGAUGAUUUUGGGAUGCCUAGCAAUGACUUAACUUCUCAGAAGCAGACUUCUCUUCAAACAUCAAGUGGAGAUCCACUUGACAUGUUAUUUUCCUCUUCCUCGGGAGGUGCAGCAACAGCAUCUAGAGGAACGGGAGGGCAGCAGUUCUCAGAAGUUGAUGAUUGGGGAUUGGAUUCAGAGUUAGGAGGAGGAGCUGGAAAUGAUUCAGGUGGGGCAACGACUGAGCUUGAAGGGCUUCCACCUCCUCCUGUUGGGGUCACAGCUUCUGCAGCAAAGAACAAGGGUAUUGAUAACCAAAAGCAGGGCCAAUACGCUGAUGCCAUCAAGUGGUUGUCUUGGGCUGUAGUUCUUCUUGAGAAAACUGGUGAUCAGGCUUCCAGCAUGGAGGUUUUAUCUUGCAGAGCUUCAUGUUAUAAAGAAGUUGGAGAAUAUAAGAAGGCAGUGGCUGACUGUACAAAGGUGCUUGACCAUGAUGAUGCAAACGUAUCUGUUCUUGUACAACGUGCACUCCUGUAUGAAAGUAUGGAAAAGUACAAACUUGGGGCAGAAGACCUGAGGACUGUUCUGAAGAUCGAUCCUGCUAAUAGCAUUGCAAGGAGUACCAUUCACCGCUUGACUAAAAUGGUAGAUUAGAAAGAUUCUGGAUUUUACACUGUAUUUUAUUUUAUUUUAUUUUAUUUUUUCAUUUAGGUUUGAUUCCGUUCCCCUCUCAUUAGCAGGGAAUAAUUACAUUUUGCUUGAAUAUUUGUAUUUCAAUUGAUAAUUAUGGCUUACAUAUAUAUUAUGUCGAAUUUAAGUUCUGUUGGUCA